AUGAUUGUCAUCUCUAGUGACUCAGAGACAAGAGUUGUUGCAUCUUCUCUCUUGUAUGAUUUGAUGAACGACAAACAUAUCGAAUUCGAUGAAUCUCUGCUUAGAUACUCAAAGAUGAACAUCAAGAUGAACAAGAAGAUAACAGAUAAGAUAUCACAAACAUCUAAUGACAAUAACAAUAUUAGUAAUCAAAAUAAAAUUGUGAGUAAAUCAAAGAGCAAGAGGUUGAUUCCUUUCAUCAAUCGAAUGAGUCUUGAUUUAUCAUAUCAGAACAAAAUUGACGAAACAUCGAAUCAAAGGAGAAGAUCAAGUGUCAUCGAAUAUUACGAGAAUAACAGUAACAAACGAGAAAGAGUCAUUCUCAAAGAUUCAUUCCCUUCUGUUUCCCUAUUCGACACAGGAUUCAUUGAUGACACAAACAGAUUGUUGACAAAGCAAAAUCUCUUCAAUAUGUGUGACUAA